AAUCAGCGCGGGGAGGUGCCCCUUCCCCCACCCGGCUCCUCGGGCUCUCCGGGCCGCGAUUGGCCGCGCGUGCGCCCCCCAAGCUUGGGCCCCGGCUCCAGCUGCCGCGCCAUUGGCUGCGGGCCUCCGCCAGCCUUUACAUAAGCCCGGGCGCGCUCGAGUGGAGUUGUAUAAAGCGAGCGCGCGGCGUCGGGGCGGGAGGCUCGAGGCCAGCCCGGGACCAGGGCUAGGCGCUGCAAGGCGGCGGCGCCGGCGGCAGAGGCGGCAGUGAGCGCCAGCGCUCCGACGCCCCCAGGCGGUGGGGCUGAGAGAGCCAGAGGAUGGCUCCGAGCGCUGACCCGGGCAUGGUCAGGAUGGCUUUGCUCCUGCUGCCACCCCUGUGGCUUCUGCCUCUCACUGGGGGAUCCCAGAGGGCUGAGCCCAUGUUCACUGCGGUCACCAACUCAGUUCUGCCCCCCGACUAUGACAGCAACCCCACCCAGCUCAACUACGGAGUGGCAGUGACGGAUGUGGACCACGAUGGGGACUUCGAGAUCGUCGUGGCAGGGUACAAUGGCCCCAACCUGGUCCUGAAGUACAACCGAGCCCAGAGUCGGCUGGUGAACAUCGCAGUGGAUGAGCGCAGCUCACCCUACUAUGCUCUGAGAGAUCGGCAAGGGAAUGCCAUUGGGGUCACAGCCUGUGACAUCGAUGGGGAUGGCCGUGAGGAGAUCUACUUUCUCAACACCAAUAACGCCUUCUCAGGUGUGGCCACGUACACAGACAAGUUGUUCAAAUUUCGAAAUAACCGGUGGGAAGACAUCCUGAGUGAUGACAUCAACGUGGCCCGUGGAGUGGCCAGCCUCUUUGCAGGACGCUCAGUGGCCUGCGUGGACAGAAUGGGCUCCGGACGAUAUUCUAUCUACAUAGCGAACUAUGCCUAUGGUGAUGUGGGGCCUGAUGCCCUCAUCGAAAUGGACCCUGAGGCCAGUGACCUGUCCCGGGGGAUCCUAGCACUCAGGGACGUGGCUGCUGAGGCUGGGGUCAGCAAGUACACAGCGGGCCGGGGUGUCAGCGUGGGCCCCAUCCUCAGCAACAGUGCCUCAGAUAUCUUCUGUGACAAUGAGAAUGGGCCCAACUUCCUCUUCCACAACCAAGGCAAUGGUACCUUCGUGGAUGCUGCAGCUAGUGCCGGUGUAGACGACCCUCAUCAGCAUGGCCGAGGUGUGGCCCUGGCAGAUUUCAACCGUGACGGCAAAGUAGACAUCGUUUAUGGCAACUGGAAUGGCCCACACCGCCUCUAUCUGCAGAUGAGUGCUCACGGGAAGGUCCGAUUUAGGGACAUUGCUUCACCCAAGUUCUCCACGCCCUCCCCUGUGCGAACUGUCAUUGCUGCCGACUUCGACAAUGACCAGGAACUGGAAGUCUUCUUCAACAACAUCGCCUACCGCAGCUCCUCAGCCAAUCGCCUUUUCCGGGUUAUCCGCAGGGAGCAUGGGGAUCCUCUCAUCGAGGAGCUCAAUCCUGGUGAUGCCCUAGAGCCUGAGGGCCGGGGUACAGGGGGCGUAGUGACCGACUUCGAUGGUGAUGGGAUGCUGGACCUCAUCUUGUCACAUGGAGAGUCCAUGGCUCAGCCACUGUCUGUCUUCCGGGGAAAUCAGGGCUUCAGCAACAACUGGCUGCGUGUGGUGCCACGCACUCGGUUCGGAGCCUUCGCCAGGGGCGCCAAGGUUGUACUCUACACCAAGAAGAGUGGGGCGCACCUACGGAUCAUUGAUGGGGGCUCCGGCUACCUGUGUGAAAUGGAGCCCGUGGCACAUUUUGGCCUGGGAAGGGACGAAGCCAGCAGUGUAGAGGUGACGUGGCCAGAUGGCAAGAUGCUGAGCCGAAGUGUGGCCAACAGGGAGAUGAACUCGGUGUUGGAGAUCCUCUACCCCCGGGAUGAGGACAAACUUCAGAACACAGCCCCACUAGAGACACCAAUGAAUGCAUCCAGUUCCCAUUUGUAUGUCCUCGAGAUAAACCCGUGUGCGUCAACACCUACGGAAGCUACAGGUGCCGGACCAAUAAAAGAUGCAGUCGGGGCUAUGAGCCCAACGAAGAUGGCACAGCUUGCGUGGGUGAGUGGAACCCUGGCCACGUUCAGUAGCAAAGGACACAUGCCUUGUGCUGGAGAGUGGCAGGGAGGGAUGGGUGGCUCUGAGUGGGCUCUGGGCCACAGUCAUUAGCCCCUGCAUCCCCCCUGGAUUGGUAGAUGCUCCUAGACUCAAACACAAGUUCUCCAGGGGAGACCCUGCGAGGCUUGGAGAGGACCCAUCACUACCGUCCCACCGGAAGGGCCCUGGGGUAGUGCAUCCUGGUCUUCUGGUUAUCACUCUAUUCACGGCUCCUGAAGCACGUGUUCUGACCUGGCAGUCAGCCCGCUUUUCCAUAGCCGGGGUAGAAAGUAGUCACCUUUGGAUAAUUUCUGAACCAGUGUUUGUCUUCUCCUUCCUCCCACAAUCCUCCCUCCCAACCAACCCUUUUUCUCUUCCCCGUCUUUUACCUCCCUGCCCUUUCGUUUUUUACAGCUCAAGUGGCCUUUCUAGGUGGGUAUUCCUCGGCUGCCUUUAGACUCUCUGAGCCUCUCUCUCAGGCUUCAUAUCUUUCUCUAGGCCUAGGACUCUGCCUUCAAUUCUAUGCACUUUAAAUUCCAUCAAUAAAGGAAAAAAAUCUAACAACCUUUGUGGAAAAACUA